AUGGACGCAACAAUGAACGAGACGUUUGUUUACUUGGACAUGUAUGAGGACGAGUAUUCCGACGCAAAUUGCAGCCAGGGCUGCGACGAGAGUCCCCGGGUUUCGACAGAAUUCGCGGCCAUGCGGACCGUCCUCUGCGUCCUGUGCGUUCUCGGUUUGCUCGGCAACGCCAGCGUGCUCUGGAUUCUGCAGCGCUACGUCAAGCUGAAGACCUUGACGGACGUUUGCCUCCUCAACCUGGCGCUGUCAGACCUCAGUCUGGCUUUGUCUCUCUUGCUGUGGGCCUACAAUUCGCAGAGCCUGGCGGCGUGCAAAGUGGCGACGGGAGUCUACCAGUUGGGAUUUUACAGCGGCACUCUGUUGGUGACCUUGCUGAGCGCGGACCGCUACCUGGCCAUCGUCCACGCCGUGGCCGUCACGCGGACCCGGACGCUCGGCUACGGGCCGGCGGCCGGCGUCGCCGUCUGGCUCGUGUCCGUCGUCAUGGCGACCCCCGAGGUCACAUUCGCCUCCGUGGUGGCAGACGACGACAGCUCCCUGAGUUGCAAGCCGCUCUAUCCGGACCAAAGUCAGCAGUUUUGGAAGAUGUUCCGAAACUUCCGUGAGCACACGGUGAGCCUGUUCGUGUGUCUACCGAUCCAGAUCUUCUGCUAUGUGAAGAUCCUGCUCGUGGUGUCGAAGACGAGGAACUCCAAGAAGGCUCGAGCUGUGAAAUUGAUAUUAACCGUGGUGGGUGUGUUUGUUGUGUGCUGGGUGCCUUACAACGUUGUCGUUUUCCUUCAAACGCUGCAACUCUUCGCCAUGCUCGGCAGCCGCAAAGCCUCGAGAGCGAUCGACUCGGCCACGACCUGGUCCGAGAUCAUCGCGGUCUCGCACUGCUGCGUGAAUCCCGUCAUUUACGCGUUGGUCGGGGAGAAAUUCCGGGAGCCUUUGGGCAAUUUGUUGCCCAGGUACUGUUCCAAGCGGAGAUCUUCGGUCAACUCGGAGACAGAAACUUCCAACACGGCUCUGAGAUCGCAGUAGGAUACUCGCAGGAUCCCAUCUCCGGGAACUCCGGGAACUGACUGAUGAUCAUUUUUCGAAGCAGCGCAGGUACGACUUGGCCGAAUCAAUCCGCCAGAGGUCGUGUUGAAGUCGCCCUUAAAUAUUCCUGGGGUCUGCCUUCUUAUCAGCUUCCUGUGGACAAUUUGUAAGAAUUAGCACUUGCUAAGACACUUGAGGCAACGCGUUAGGGUUAGGGUUAGGUUUAAGUUUUUGGGAGGUCCAUAUGAAAUUUUAUGGAGCUAAAGCAAAACGACGCGAUGAAUGGGAAGUUGAGCUACAAGCGGCGGUGCUGAUGUGCAUGAUGUCGCAUCCGGUGGUGGUUGAGGCGCGAAACUCACCUCCAUCCAUCCAUUUUCCGUACCGCUUAUCCUCACCCGGGGUCGUCCCGCCUUCGGAGCCUGAACUGGUCGCCAGCCAAUCGCAGGGCAGACAGAAACAAACGUUUUUUUCGCGCUCACCUUCACACCUGCGGGCAAUUUAGGGUCUCCGACCACGUUUUGGGGAUGGGGGAGGAAACGGGCGUCCCCGGAGACAUGCCGGGCCGCCCGCCAAUCAAAAAUGCCAUCCCUUUUGUAUCCAUUUUUUUCCACUUGAUAUUGUGGAAAACGUGCUCAUUGUUGCAAAGGCUUGAAAAAACAUUUUUUCUCUCAAUUUUAGAGAUGAACCUGCCGAGUCAGGUCGACGUCCGCAUUGGCCAAAUGUGCAGCUUUAUGAUUUAUUCUAUUUAAAGAUGGACAGCCAAUGUUUUUCCUUAUCCUUAGUCAAAAUGUUAUCCCUUUUUAAAUCUUUUUUUUUUUUUAUGCUUUUAUAUCUGAUAUUUUUCACAUUAGUUGCGCUACUUCUUCGCUCUCACGAGCCUGUUUGUGCUGCGAUGCUCGCUGGGCCUUCCAUGUACUGU